GCGGUGCGCGCGCUGACGUCACCGCUCGAUAAUGGCCGCCGCCGCCCGACCCCCCGCGGCCGCCGCACCCGUCUUAGCGAGCUCAGUCUCUCUCCGACCCGCUAGCGACGCGAGUGCCUCUGUACGCCUGCCGGUCCCCGUGAUACGUGUGAUAUCAGUGCUCCAGUGUACCAUGGUGACAGUGUCUUUUUUUACGGGUUCAAUAAAUCAGUGACAAUUUUCAAGGGGAGUGACGAAAGCCGAUCUCUCGCACACCGCACUGUAUUCGGCGGCGAGAUGUCGGUGAUGCAAAAGCGCCAGCACUGCUACCUGUGCGACUUGCCCCGCAUGCCGUGGGCCAUGUUGCACGAGUUCUCAGAGGCGGUGUGUCGCGGGUGCGUCAACUACGAAGGCGCCGACAGGAUCGAAGUGGUGUUGGACACCGCGAGGCAGCUGAAGCGCGCACACGGGUUCCAAGAAGGUCGAGGUCCGACGCACGCCAAACCUGCGCACAGAACACCACUAGAAGCUCAUCAGAACGGGGCCGAAACGACGACCAGGGGACAACCAGCGCCUCCGGCCCACCACGCUCCCACCGCGGGCUUCACCUUGCACCAUUCACGGCCAGCGGCAAACGCAGGUCUCCUCGCAGAGUACGGAGGUCGCAGGGAAGAGCACGAGAACAGGCGGAUGGCCCACUUGCCGCUCGCCCACAUCCCCACUCACAGAACUGCGCAACUGGCUCCAGGACUCACACUCAAGCGGCCGCUGGACGACGACGACCACCAGACUCACCACGAGCCCGCAAAGAGGCUUUUGGAAGAACACUCGAGACCGCCACUAACUCGCGGCGACUCUCUUCCUGCUGUUUCUCUCGCGGCUGCUUUUGCGCCCGAAAGAGCUUUCAAACAAGAGAAACAUCCCCUGAGGACGCCUUCAUUUGAUGCUUCUUUUAAAUCCAAUGGAUACGCAAACAGCGCUCCACUAACAAACGGCUCGGCGGGCUCCCCGUUGGGCCGCACGGCGGGGUCGCCGCCGGUGUCGGGCGCGGGCCCGUCCCCCAUGGCGGCGCUCAUGUCGGUGACGGACACGCUGCCGCCGGGCUCCCCGCGCUCGGCCGGCGGCUCCCCGCCGCAGCCGCCGCCGCAGCGCUCCGCCAGCCGCUCCAGCCAGCACUCGCCCAACUCCUCAGGGUCGAACGGCGGGCGGCGGUCGUCGGGCUCGCGGCACGUGUCGUCCACCACGUCGGUGUCGUCGACGGAGGCCGGCGAGGGCGCGGAGGGCGCGGCCCCGGCGCCCGCGCCGCUGCUCAAGUGCACCCUGUGCCAGGAGCGCCUGGAGGACACCCACUUCGUGCAGUGCCCCAGCCAGCCGCACCACAAGUUCUGCUUCCCCUGCUCGCGCGACUCCAUCAAGCGGCAGCAAGGAUCCGAGGUGUACUGUCCGAGCGGGGAGAAGUGCCCGCUGGCCAACUCGACGGUGCCGUGGGCGUUCAUGCAGGGCGAGAUCGCCACGAUCCUCGGCGAGGAGUUCAAGCCGAAGAAGGAGCGGGAGACCUAGGGCAGCGCGGCGCCGCCCCGACUUUACCUCUUGUCCCUCUCGCUGUGAAGCGCAGAGGCGUGGUGCGACGAGCGCCCGCGGCCCGGCGCCGCGCGUUGGCUCUGUUGGGAACGUGUCUGUGACGAACCGAUCACUUGUACAUUUGUAAAUAAGUAGGCCGUAUACUUCGCUGAAGUCGGCAAUUCGGAGUUGGCUUUCGCGCCCAACGACUCGGUGAGUUCGCCCGGGCGCGCGAUAUGGACCGUAUUCAGCGUAAUGGAUCUGCCGCGUCAGUCGGUAGCGUUAAGUGUUUUAAUACGAUGUUAGUAAUGCAAUAUUCUGAAUAUAGUACAUAUCUGUUUUCGAAGAUUUUACGAUUAUUGUCUUGAUACUUCGGGAGCGUCCUUCCCGGAAACGGUGUAUUUUUAUCUGAAGUCAGUGGGGAAAGGAUUUCUUCGGAUGCCAUUUUCUUAGUUACCUUUAGGUCCUGAACCAUAGUUAACUUGGCAUUUAUUUAUAUUGUGAUUCUUAUACACUGUACGAGUAUUAUGCGAUAUAUAUAUAAUGAUCAUGACAUUCGUGUAGCCGAUUGCGGCCUGUAAAAACGUAGUUUCGGAUAUCGAAAGCGUCUUGCGCCCUGUACAGAUCUUAGCUCGAUGUAUUGUAUUUAUGACAUUUGGCGCAAGAGCAAUAGUGUUUAUGUUAUAUUACGAAGCGAUUUAUUCCGAGUGGCUCGAGUUCCGUUACUGUCUUUCAUUCGGCGACAAGAUUCGGUCAGGAGAUGACUUUUGUUUAGUUGAGCGCGGUGUGUUAAGUUGGGUUACGAUUGGAGAUCAUUCGAAAUUGUAGUUUUUCUUGUUUGGCUCUGAGGAGCCUGUGGAGGGUCGUUGCGGUGGCGGCGGCGAGGCCGCAGUAGAGGAUCGCUUGUGCGCUGAGGCGCACCUAGUCAUUUUGUGAAAUGUCAAAUCGUCACAUCCGCGGCGUCAGGCACGCGGCCGUUAUAGGAACUCUUAAAACUCGCUGCUAUAUUUGUAUAAAGUGAAGUAAUUAUCAUUGUAUUAUUAUUAUUAUAUAUGUCAUAAUGUUAUACAGUUCGUAGUGUGUCAAUUUCGAAGGCUAUCAGAUGACCGCCGUUCAGCUUUGAGUUUUGCUUUCGCACUUUUACUUGGCUUUGAACUUAGUUUACGAAGCCUGCGUUGAGUUUCUCGCGGUCUGAGGAGCGGUGGUGGCACCAGGGCUCUGUCUCAGUCCGAGACUCUAGGAGUUGUUGUUGUUUGUCGCAGUCUCGUCCACAGCGUUAUCUGUAGUUUCGUAUCCGUCGACGAGACGCGGCGUGUGUUGAGACACUGCAUGUUUACUGAACAUUCAAUCAAAUUGAUAUGUCCAUUAUUUAUUUUAGAUAUUUGUGUACAUAUACGUACGUUGUAUAUACUUCGUCUACUUGUAAAUAAUUUAGAUAUUGUGAAGCGGCUGAACUGCCCAGUCAGUAUUACUAAGUACUGUGUCGUAGUUAUUUAUAUAGAUCACAUUGAUUUGUUUAAACUAGUAUUAACGUUUCUUUAAUCAUCACAAUAUAGCUGUUCCUUUAUUCUGGAUUUUAUUCUAUUUGUGCUGUUGCAUGCAUUUUAUCUAUCUUUGUUGGGUCUCAAAGUACCGUAUGCACAUUUAAUGAGCCAAUAAUAUUAGUGGUUUGUUUACAGAAACACAUAUUUAUUGUUUUUGAUGUCGUAACUCUAGAAUCGUUUAACAAUACACAGUACUGUAUUGAUGUUUAUAAUAAUGCUUUUUAUAAUGUAUUAAUUUUAUUAACAAGCAUGCAUAAUAUUGUAUCAUCGGAGCUAUCUAAAGCUUUUCUGAUAGAUUUCGAAAUUGAUUGUUAGUAUCCGUGGAAUUUUGCCCAAGAGCUCGGUGUUGUAACAAAAUACAAUUUGUAUGCCAAAGUAUGGCAAAUAGUGAAAAUCGUAAGCACAAAAUGUGCACCUUUUUAAACCUCUGAGAUGUUAAAUGUCUUCUUUACUAAAACAGAGGAUUUGUGAUCUGGACUUACUAUCGAUGUCUUUAUGUUUUUCGUUACUAAAAUUAAAAUUGUAAAGUAUAUCUAAUUUAGAUGUAAUACAGUAACAAAUAAAAGUUGUUUUUGUUGUGGUGUGGUGUACCUCAAGGGUAUACUGUAGCGCCCUUAUAUUAUAUUAUGGCUAUUAGACAUUAAUAAGGAACCUUUGUGAUUUUACCGAAACUUUCAGAUGACAUUUAACAUUUCAAAGUGUUAUAGUCCGCCUUUAUCAAUAGGCUUGUUUGUAGAAUGACGAAAAGUCAUCAAAAUAUUAUGAGACUUGUAUCUUUCUUACUGUAAGCAGCAAAUGAAAUGCUUGAAUUAAGACGUUAAUGUAAAUGUUGAUGAAAUACAAUUGAUGUGAUUUUGUA